UUAACCCCCUCGCUGACCCCGCUACUCCGAACAGGGUCUGCAGACGCUGAUGCAGCCGAUGGAGCCGACGGAGUUUGGCUGGUUCGACGCCCUCACGGCCCUCAUCUCCGUCGGGAUGUUCUACUUCGACGUCGUGUCCGAUUCGCUCCUCGCCUACUCCAUGUACAGCGACCCUUCCACGCAGAACUGGUUCCUGUCCACCGUGCUCCUGCUGGUAAUCCCCCUGGUGAUCGUCAACGGGUUCAGCGUCUACUGGUACUGGUUCGACGAGAAGGUGUGUGAACCGGAGGGCAUGUGCUACAAAACGCCCAAGGUGUCGCCGGGCGUGUGGGCGUUCAGGAUCAUCUCGCAUGUCCUUCUGCAGGCGAAUGUACUCAGGUAUAUGGAUUUGCUUUACUACGGCUACAAGAGUUUGCGGAAGGGGCAGGUGUGCACGGAGGCGAGGGCGGGACCAGAACACCCUGAUAAGUUCUCUCUGGCGGCGGACAGAUUCAAGCACAAACAAGGCCUCGCAAACGCACAGUCAACGGGAGGCCACAACUACCACAAGCUGUGGAUCCACGCUGAGAGGGACGCGGCCAACGUGGACCUGCUGGCGUCGCUCCUGCAGGACGCGCCUCAGCUAAUCCUGCAGCUGUAUAUCAUGGCCCAGACAAUACCUGCUCAGGCGCUGCAGGGGGAGAUCAGCCAGACUUUAAUGUUCCAGAUCCUCUCCGUCGGUGCAUCGCUGGUGGCCAUGUCUUGGUCGGUGUCCUCCUUCUCGAGGUCGACCCGCCUCUCGGAGCCGACGAUGGGUAACCUCAGUCCCGCGGGGCUGCUCGUCCUCACCCUCGGCCACUUCUGCUCCAUCGCCCCGCAGGUUUUGUGUUUUGCUCUGUUCUCCACCAAAUACAUGAUCAUAUUUGUGGUGGUGAUAUCCUGCCACUGGCUGGCUGCCAGCUUCUUUGUUAUUGUUCAGGUCGUGUGCUGUUCGAACCCCGUCCGCCUGGGGGCAACCUUCACUCACGACGUCCGGAAAGGGCCCUGCAGCCGCGUGGACGACGUCGCCUUCAGCGCCUCCUUCGGGCUGGUUCUCCUCUACACGUUCAUUGACGUCGGAGGAGCUGCGCCCAAGAUCCAGGGCACCGUGUUCCACUUCCUCAGACUCGUCGAAGAGGCCUGCAUGAUCACGUUCUGGUACUUGGCAACCGACCAGGACAUGUGGUACCACUGGGUCCCCCUCGCCAUGGUCCCCGGGUUCUUCGUCGCGGGCGUCCUCCUCGUGUGCGUCUACUACUUCUGCACCCACCCAGACCGCCGGAACAGGAGUCUCACGGUCUGACAGUAGUAGGAGGUCCUUAGAAUGUUAGAAUCAGGUAGAACUAGUCACCCACAAAGAGAUUCUGGUUAAUCUCAGUAAAACUUGCUUCACGGAUGUUUAAAGGAAUGUUGGGUUGAUGCUAAGAUUAUUAAAAGGAAUGUUAAGUUGAUUACUAAAAGCGAAUGGAGGAUUGAAAGGUAAAUGUGCAAGAAUUAAGAGAAAAAUCACAGUGAUAAGACAUUAUUUCAAAGGUUUCUUGUCUGUGAUUACAAUAAACACAAUUACAAAUGAAUAUGUUUUUUACGGGGAAAUGUGAUAUAUAUGUACUUAUUUUAUUUUUUCCUUUGUUGGCUUCAGGAUUUUAUCCUUUGCCAAAUACUCUAAGCCUUAAGGUAUUAUUAAGGACUUCUUCAGUAUUUUCGAAGGACCUGUAUUAGUGUAGGAAACUUUCCAAAUAUUUUGAUACGAUUAUGAUAUUUGAUAUACCAAGGUAUUCAGACCAAACACCACUUGUAUCUUGACUGCCUUUCCUUUUAUAAGGUUAUUUUGAUCAGCAGAAUACAGUGAACAUGUAGACGUCUAGAAAAGGGUGGCACAACUUUUGCAGUUUUCUGUCUUUUUUAUGUGAACUUUUGUGAUGAAAUAAAUAUUUUGUUGUGUU